AUGGCAUCUAACAAUGCAGAUCAGGUCGUCUUUGAUAAGGUUGCUGAAAUCAACGCAUCUAAAGAGUCUUGGAACAUACGUGUUAAAGUCGUCAUGCUUUGGAAGCCGACCUAUGUAAACAAUCCUAAUAUGGUCACAAGCCUGGACAUGAUUUUAAUCGACCAGGAGGGAAGUAGAAUUCAAGCUACAAUAAAAAAAAAUCUUAUUCCAGUAUUUGAAUCCCUAUUCGAUGAAGGAGCUGUCCGGGAGAUCAGUAACUUCGCUAUGGCUAGCAAUCAAAGCGAAUACAUGCUUGUACCUCAUAAACAUAAAAUCAAUUUCUACAAAACCACGAAAGUUCGUGUAUCCAAUGAUUUUGUUGAUACAGUAGAUCCUUAUCAUUUUAUCUCUUUCCCAGAUUUGCUAGCCAGGAACUUUGACACUCGUGUUGCAUUUGAUUUUCUAGGUGAAGUUGUGUCAAGUGAUCCCAUGCGAGUCAUUGUUGAGUAUGGAAGAGAGAAAAGGUUAAUGAAUCUGGUUGCUCAGGAUUUAAGUGGUACGAGAAUUGCAGUCGCUUUGUGGGGCAGUUUUGCAAUGAAGUUGAAUACUUACAUUUCACAACAUAAUAAUGACACUGCUCCUGUUAUUAUCCUGCUACGUUUGGCCAAACUCAAAAUUUGGGGUGGUCAGCCUCAAGUUGGUAAUUGUUUGUUUGGGUCUAGAUUGCAUAUAAAUGAUGAUAUGCCUCAGAUUUUGGAGUUCAAAUCAAAAAUUAAUGCUUUGGAUACAAAUGUUGAGUCUUCUAGCCGUACAUCCCAGCUCAACUCAGAUACCGUUGUGGCUAAUCCAGAGGAUUACUACCUCCGUUUUCAGAUAAAAAACAUUGAUGAAAUUCCUGAUUUUAAUGAGGAAGUUGGUUUAACCAUUAUCGCUACUAUUAUUGGUUUUGAUAUGGAUGAUGGUUGGUAUUCAUUUUAUUGCCGUGAUUGUUCUAAAAAAGUUACUAAAAAUCAUGAUGAUGUUGAUGCUGGCCCUUUUCACUGUGAUGGUUGUGGAUUUGUCUCGGAUGUAUUUGGAAAGAUUAGGAUAGUAGUUCGUGUGCAAGAUGAAAGUGGCUCUUCUUCGUUUGUAUUGUUUGAGCGUCAUGUAAAAGAUCUUAUUCAUCGUGGAAACCAAUGGUUGAUGGACAAAAUAGCUAAGAUACCUGAUGAGUUCAAAAUUCUUCUAAAUAAGAAGUUUGUCUUCAAAGUUCAGAUUUCCAUGUUCAAUCUGCAGAACAACUAUCGUGCUUACACUGUGCAUAAGUUAACCGAUGAUGAAAGGGUUCUUGAUGAGGUGACAAAAAGGUCAUCAAAUCAUCAACAUGAUCAUAUAAAUGAUAAUGGUACUCCUGUUAACAAGCUAAAUAAGGAAAAUACCAAUUAUGUGCAUGAUGACAAUCUUGAUGUUGUUGACCUUGAAGCUGUAACACCAUCAUCGAGUACGGGGAAGCGCCCUAUUGAGAUUGAUGCCAACAAUGAGUCUUUGGAGUGGUCUUCUUCAAAAACUUCUGUUGUACGGGAUACCUUGAAGAUCCCAAAGUUGGAAAAGUUGGACUAA